AUGCGUAGUUAUCAGAGUGGAACGAUUGAGUGUGGCUCGGGCGUGGUUGCCUUGUUGGAAGGGUCAGUGGUGAAUCUUAGUCCGGGUGAAUGGGCUCGGAGUCUGUUCUUCCAGAAGGUGGGUGAGGACAAGUUGGCAGAAGAACUUGAACGUGGUUUGGCGGAAGACGUGGACAUUCAGUGGUUUGUAAGUAAGAUGUGCACGCCAGAAGGUCUGUGCAGUGCAACUGCCGUGACCCGUGGGACGGUGGAGGCGUGUGAGCAGUGGCGCGAGUUCGGAAAGGUCAACGAUUGGUUUACUUCCACGUCCAAACGGGACCCGAGCGCAGUGGCCGCUCGGUUGAGAGAGGCCAAGAAGGAGACUGUCUUGCCUGAAUCUUGGUUUGCUUACCGGUCUGAGUCGGAUCCGUCUUGCUGGCCCCCCAUUCCGAGGCCAUGCUCACCUCUGGCCUUGGCCCAUUGGGCUUUCUACUUGGAGAAGAGAGAUGCCAUGCCAUCAGAACAAAGAUUACUGAGUCUCGCCACACUGGCGCGUUGGAAUCCAGCACAAGCGUUCAUGCACGCGUAUGCGGACCUCAAGAAGGAUUCACCACUGUUCAGCGGAGACGAUUAUAGUCCGGACCUGUUCGCUACUAGAGUCAACUCGUUCCAGCGGGCGGUCGAACUUUGGCUCUGUCAGGACCAGUACGGUCAUGCGAGUCUCGAUCACCGAGUAGACAGGACAACUUGGGCUAUGGAGGCCUUCUUGGAGGAGUUACGGACUCAACUCGCAAAUCGAACAAUUAGUGAGGCGGGAGAGCUCUACAGCGAAUCCCAAAUGGGGCCAUGGAUUAAUUCAGUGGCGUCAGAGGUAGCUAAGGCUCUUGGCCACCGAUACCGAGACGUGUAUCAGAAGUGCCGGAACCGUUUGUUUUCUGCUUACUUCCCCGGCUCGGGCCCUUGGGAGGAUGAUUGGGACACUGAGCCCCACUUCCCCGUCGGGCACCGCGACGAUUUCCGGCUCAAUCGACUUGAACAAUACGACCUCCAUAAAACAGUAUGGAUAGAGGAACAACUCGUGCGUCGUUUCCUACAGCUGCUUAUCGACCACCAUGUGGCCUCUACCGGUCUUACGCACGAUGCCGUUAUUAGCUCGAUGCACAAACCCGGACACACCACCUUUUCGACCGAUGAAGAAACACUCUACCGGUUCUACGAUCAAGCCUUGAAUGAGACCGUAGCCCGAGCGGCAAUUGAGCAGGGCUAUGACUACGCUUGGAGGGUCGCUUGUGCCGCUAUCACAAUGACAAAUAAGCACAAGCGGUGGGAGGUUGACUCACAACAAAGAUUUAUCAAUGUCACCAAAUUUCAAGACCCAAAUAGCGCGUGGUUGUAA